AUGAAGAACCGAAUUCGCCAUCCAUCGCAGCAGCGGCGCGCAGCCGGUCGAGCCGCGACCGAGGUAACAACCGUCAAUCGACCAAGGAAAGCGAAAAAGCACACGAGCCGGUCGAGACAACAAACAGACCUCUCGGAAAGACGGACAGGCUACACAAUCUUCUGCACAAUUGCCUGCACCCGCGGCAUGGAAUUCGCACGCCGGCUUCACCGUCAACUUGCCCGAAACCGAAACCAUGGGUUUGAACAACUCCACGUCUGUGGUCGGACCAGUUACCUCAUCAAAGCCACUCUUCUAUUACACGGAUACACUGUGAUAAUCAAGGCUACCACGGCGGACAAGCAGCAUCUCAUUCAAGCAGAGGCAGACAAUUAUGGUUAUCUCAGGAGCCUGCAGGGAAAGCACAUCCCCGUCUGUCUUGGGGCAUUUACGCCACGAGUCUCAUGUUGGUACCACGGCGAACUAAUGGAGCAGAUGAUGAUCCUAAGCUGGUCAGGAAGCAGGCUUCAGCACGUCAUCAACGAUGACAACUCGAGUUUCUUCCACAAGGAGCGCGCGAAGGCCCUGGCUGUGCUCCGCUCACACGGGGUGGUCCAUGGCGACAGUGAGUGGCGUAAUAUGUUGUGGGAUGACAUGGGCGGUCGUUUGAUUGUCAUUGACUUGGAGGACAUGAAAUGGUUGAAGCGCCCUCGGGCACUUGAACCAACCUCUGGCAACACGCGGCAUGGUCAUCGCGUCGGGGAAGAGAAAAGCAGACAAAGGCUCCUAUCCAGCUCAACUGCUGUAUGCACAUGA